AUGAACAAUCAUCGAGGUGCCAAGGAUUGGGAUAUCAACGACAACAACUUCCCCAAACUUCAGACCAAGACCUAUGACGGGUUUGAGGAUUGGCCGGAUGGCCAUUGCCGGUUCGUGUACUCGUUGUGCUGUGAGGAUGCCAAGAAACACACCUCGGGAUGGGCCAUGAGGAACACCAACAAUCACAACGUGAACAUCUUAAAGAAGUCUUGCUUGGGCGUGUUAGUUUGCUCCAGACGAUGUGUGCCUCCCCAGGGAAAGAGCGUGGCCAUAAGGCCGGCGAUCUGCGAUAAGGCCCGAAAGAAGCAACAAGGAAAAGUAUGUCCCAACCUGGAAUGCGAUGGCAUAUUGGAAAUCCAAUCUUGUCGAGGUCAUUGUGGCUAUCCAGUGACCCAUUUCUGGCGUCAUGUUCCCAACUUGGGGAUCCUGUUCCAGGCUAAAGGAUUCCACGACCACCCAAGGCCGUCGUCCAAAUCAACCGGAAUCGCUCUGAAGAAGCGAAUGCAAACCAAAAAGCUAAAGCAACAAAAACACCAACAACAGCAGCAUCACUCCAGAUUUGAGCUCAUGGGCUCCUCCGUGAAAAUGGCCAGCCCCAACCACUUGGGACCGAACUCUCAGCCCAAUUUUGUCCCACACUUUCAAGAUGAUCCACAUCAGUUUUACACACCCGUGUGGAAACAAACGGAUACAAUGAAUAGCAACUCAGGUAGGGCAAUUUAAAAUGACAUUUUGGAAUAAGCGAA